AUGAAGAGGAAGAGUAUCCAUUUAUUCUUUUAUAUGGUCAUACUAUCAUUCAUUUUAUAUAAUAAAAUAAUAAACGUUUUGAAUUCCCCAAUUAAUAAUUGUAAAAAUAAAAAUGAUGAUUUGAAUUUAAAGAGAGGAAAUGAUGAAGAUAGUAAUAGUCGAAUCAGUACAUCUACUGCUGUGUUUUAUUUGUCAGAUGAAAGGAUAUAUAUUAAUGAACAGCAUUUUACUAAUAUUAAAAUACUUCAGAAUAUAUUUAUGGAACGCAUAAAAUCUUAUGAAUAUAAAGAAGAAUUAGAUAAAUUAGGAUUAUUAAAUAUUAAAACAUUAUUAUAUGAAGAUUUUAAACAAGAAAUAUAUAAUAGUAUGAAAUUAAUAUUUCAAUUUAUUAAGCAGAAUUUUUAUUAUUUAUGUAAAUAUAUAAAUGAAGAGAAGAGAAGAAAUAAUAUAUCAGGAAAUAAUUAUUUAUCAGAUAAUGAAAUAUUUUCAAUAAUAAAAAAUAAAGUUAUUAAUACAAAUGUCGAAAAAAAUAAAAAAUAUCUUGAUUUAUUAAAUUAUUUAAUAAAAUUAAAAAAAAUAUUUAAUAUAUCUUUUUCAAUGAACUUAGAAAAAGAGUUAAGACCAAUCAUAUUAAUAACUCGUGUUAAUCUAGAUAAUAAUUCUGUACAUAUUAAUAUAAAUAAUAAUAUGACAGAAGAAUCUAUUGAUGAAAUGAAAAAAGAGGGAUCAUUAAAAAAAGAUAAAUCUUUAGAAGAAAUAUCUAAAAGUAUUUUUAAGCCAAUAAAAACAAAUAGUUUAUUUGUUAAAAUAUCUAAUACAUUUAAGUGGCCUUUGAACUUUUAUAGAAAUUUAUGUUAUAAAAAUAAUUAUAAGGCAGCUUCAGAAAAUUGGGUUAGCUAUUUUUAUGAUCAUAAUGAAACCCUAUGUCAUGUAGAAACCUGUGGUACAGGUGACUGUUUAUUUCUAUCAUUAAAAUAUUUAUUAGAAAAUAAUGGUAUUAAAAAAAAUAAUUUCGUUGUAAAUAAAAAUGUAAGAGAAAGUAAAUUCAUUCCAUGGUAUAUUGAAAAGGUCAAACAAUCAAAUAAAGUAAAUUAUGAAGUAACUGAUUUGAGAUAUAUAACUACAUUUUAUGUUAUUAAAUAUUUUCCAGGAUAUUCCUCCGAUACAGAUAUAGAUGAGAAUCAUAUAAAAGACAAGUUAGAUUUGCUUAUAAAUUUAGAGUUAACCAAUUAUUAUUUAGAAAAGGAUUUAAUGUAUAAGAUGAUGAAGAAUAAAGGUUCAAAAGAGAAUGUGCAGGGUAUUUUGAAAGAAACUGUUGAAGAAGAAGAGAAUAUUGAAGAAAUUGAUGAAAAGGAGUAUGAGGAUAAAAAUAUAACAGAAGAUACAAGUGAUGAUAAGGAUCACACUAAAAAUAAUAAUAACAACAACAAUAAUAAUAAUAAUAAUAAUAUCAAUGGUGAUGAUGAUGUUACAGGUCGUUAUAAUAAUGAUGUAAACACAAAUAAUAACAAUGACGAAGAAAAAGAUUUAAUUGAUUUUAGUGAUGAUCCUAAUGAUAUAACAAAUUCUAAUGAAGAAGUACAAGAAAGUAGAGAAUAUUCUAAUUCAAAUAAUAAUUAUGUUAUUGAAAAAGAAAACGCUUAUGAUCCAUAUGAAAGCUUUAACAGUUUUAGUAGCGCCAGCAGUGAUGAUGAUAUAACAUAUGAAAGUAAAAAUAACUCCUCUGUAUCUUCUUCAAAAAAAAGUAACAAUGGAGAUGUGGAUUCGUCACUACUUACAAAAGAAGAUGAGGAUGGUAGUUCUAAUCAUAAUGAUAUAAAUAAAAAUGACGAAAAUAAUUUUAAUAGUGAUGAAAAUUUGAAACCUAUAUAUGAUUUAUAUAGUAACGAAGAAAUUACAAUAUAUAAAGUAAAUAAUGAUGAUAGAUCUAAAGGAUUGAAGGAAACUAGAAGAUACAAGAGUGAACCACAUUAUAGAAUUGUUUAUAGGAAUAAUAAUUCAUCGAAUACUACAAAUAAUUAUAUAUCACCACAUUUUAAGAAUGAAGAAAAUAUUGAUAAAAAUAAUAAAAGUAUAACAUUAAGUAAUAAUGAAAAUAAUAACAAUAACGGUGAUGAAAAAAAAAAAAAAAGUAUUAAUAAUAAUAAUGUGGAAAACAAGAAAGAACUUUAUGAUAAUGAAUCUAGUCAUAAAUCUAUAAACGAAGGUGCAAAAAAGAAAACUACUAAACAACAAGGUAUUAUUAAUUAUUAUGAAAAAGAUCGAAGUAUUAAUAAUAAUUCUAGAUCCAAGUCCUUAUCUUCUAAGGGAGAUAAAUUAAGUGGUAAUGAAAUGAAUGUAAGCAAGCGAUUAGAAAAGAUACCAAUAAAUUUAAGUGUUAAAAAUGAAUAUAAAGAUAAUGAAAAGAAUAAUGAUAAGAAUAUUAGUAAGGAUAGUCGUAAAGAUAAUAAUAAUAAUAAUAUUGUCAUUAUUGAUAGUGAAAAAAAAAAAAGUGUUAGCUCAAAUAAAAGUAUAUUUGAAAAAAUAAAAAGUAUGUAUUAUGAUAAUCAUGAUGAUACAGAUGAUUAUGCAGAAAUAUUAGAUGAAGUACAUGAUGAUGGAUAUAGAUUAUAUGAAUUAAUUUUUAUAAAAUUAGUAUCAUUAUCAAAAAAUAAAUUAAAAUUAAAUGAAUUAAUGAAAUUAUCAAAGAAUGAUUUAAAAAAAUUACAAGGAACAAAUCAUAAAGUAAAGGUUAUUGGUUCACAUAUGUUUAGUAAGAAAUUAUCAGAAGGUAAUGUACUUCCAUUUUAUUCAUUUAUUAAUAUAAAAAAUAAAUUAAAUAAUCCAUUUAGUGAUAUGGAUUUUAGUGAUAAAGAUUAUUAUGUAGUAGUUAUCAAAACAUCUUUUAAUAAAGAUAUUAAAAGAAAAAAAGAUGGAUUAGUAACUCGAAGUUUAUUAUUAAAUCAUAGAGGUGAUUCUAUAUCCUACUGGUCCAUAAAAAAUAAUGAUUUUCAUUUUACAUGUGACAAUAAAGUAAUUCAAACCAAAACUUUUAAAGAAAAAGCAUCAGCCUUUUUUUAUGAACGUACUAGAUUAGGGCAUGUACAUUGGGGGGAUGAAACUGAUUAUGAUGCUUUUCAAAAAAUGUUUAAUAUUGGUCUUAUAACAUUUAUGAAUAAUAACACAAAAUUUUUCUUCUCUAAAAGUACAUUUAAAGAAUAUCCAAUGCAUCUCCUUAUCUAUUUUUAUUCAGGUAUUCACUUUGAACCGGGUGUGCAUGUAGUCUUAAAAGGAAAAAAUGAAACAUGUCAUUCUUCAUAUAAGACAGGCGAUAUACCUAACUCUUUUAUGGAGAUACCAGAGAAAUAA